AUGAAACUAAGAAUGAUGAAUCGUAUCACUUCAAAGCUACAAAAGAUCGAAAUACCAAAGGAUCGAGAAUGGGAACUGGGAAGAAAUAAAGAGAUGAAUUGGUCAACACGUCAAAGAAAAUGGGAAAAACCAGAAAUACUGAUUGGUUGUGGUUACUUUUUCGCUUAUGAAUGGAUCGAACAGCGAUGCUUAUCGACGACCAAUCUCGAGUAUGAAGAAGAUUUUAUAGCCGUCUAUGAUGAUGACUUUCAAGCAACAUCCCUUCAUUUUGUGGAAAACGAAAUGGUAAUAACAAUAGAAAAGGAGUUUAGGAGAAGCAGGAAAAGACGUAAUUCGCACAAUGGUGAGUCGGUGUUCCAGCAAGAAUCGACAUCUAAAGAAGAACCUGAUCGGGAGAAUGCAAAAUUUCAAUGCGUCUACGAUCGAUUGAUGGAAGAACUCAAGCAACAAGUGGAGUGA